CUAGAGAAAAAAGACAAAGGUUAACGAUUUUGAUGACAGAUCUCUGACAAUUUCAAAAAUAAAUCGGUUUUAUCUUUUCCACGUUUCGGUGAAGAAUGCAUUAAAACCUGUCAAUAUUUCCACUAUAUUAUAUCGAUAUUCUCGUUCACAUUAAGUACAACAAAUGAGUAAACAAGGCGUACGUGUUAACAAAUGGACCCCCUCUUAUCCUGUAGUACCCAAAGAUAACAUCAUAUCAUCACAGUCAAAAGCUAAUAAUGAAAAAGGUUUUAUUCCCAGCUAUGAAAGCAUUGGUAAACCACAAAUGAAUUUUCUUAUGAGUGAGGAAUACAGACGUUUGUGGUUUAAAGAACGGGGUGUUUACGAAAAAGAAGUUUACACAAAGAAAGCAAUGAUGAAAGAAGAAUCAAAAAUUAAAAGACGAUUUGUUCAGAAAUGCCUAAUUCCAAAGAAACGGGAAAGGGAAAUGCCAAUUAUACAUUUAAAAAGAUUUGAAAAUAUUCGUCGAAGAAUUGACGAUCAUCGAAAGAAAGACGAACAUAAUAAUGCGCAACAUACAGAAGAAAAUAAAGAUCAUCCAAAGGACGCUAAAUAAACGUAUACAUCCCUUUACUUUUUUUUGUUGUAACAAAAAUUAAAUAGAUAAAUAUUAAUAAUUUUAA